AAUGAUAUGAUCAUAUAAUAUUGAACAAAUAUUUUGUUAAAAUCAAAAGAAUAUUGCAUAAUCAAAUCUAUAAAUACUCUCUUAAGACUUCAAUCUAUUCAUCCAUCAUAUUAAUUUCACUCAUCUCCAACCCAUAGCUCUUCAUUCCUUCAUUCUCAAAAUGGUUAGGAAAAAGGUGAAACUAGCUUUCAUAGAAAAUGACUCUUCUAGGAGAGUGACAUACCGAAAAAGAGUGAAAAACUUGGUAAAAAAGACUAGGGAACUAAGUGUCUUAUGUGGAGUUGAUGCUUGUGCUAUCAUCUACGGGCAAGAGGAGCAAGCACCGGUAGUGUGGCCUUCUUCCGAGGAAGAAGUAAAAAGGAUUAUCUCCGACUAUUAUAGUAAGUCGGAAAUUGAUCCAUCUCAAAGGGGGUUUAACCAAUACACCUUCUUAAAUGAUAGUGUGAUCAAGGCAAAGGAAAGAUUAUUGAAGCUUCAAAGAAAGAACCGUGAGAAACAAAUCUCGAAUAUGGUGAGUGACAUCUUGAAUGUAAAAUCAUCUCUUGACCAAGUUAACCCUAGUGAUUUAGGGGACUUGCUAUGGGUGAUUGAGGAUAAGAUAAGAACAAUCCAAUAUCGGAUUAGAGUUACUAAGGAGGGUGAUAAUAAUAAUAAUAAUAAUAAUCCUCCUGUUUGUGAAUCUAUAAAUUUAACUAAUAACGAUGAUUCAAGUAGAGUGUGUGCUAGUAUCAAUCAUACUCCAUCGUUAUCGACAAAAGUGGGAUGUUUCACCUUAGAAAAAAUUGAAAUGAUGCUUCGUUAA